AAUAAUAUUACAGUAUCUACUAUCAUAAUCAACUGAAACAUACAAAAAAUAAUAGUAGCUCAAUAUUGGAAAAGUGUACAAACUUUGUGCUGUAGAGUAGUUAAUAGUAUUGAAUAGUUUAAAAAAUAAAAUAUGUAUCUAUAGUUAAAAUCUUUUGUUAGCAAACUUAAAAAUGUAUAUCAAUUUUCGAUGCAUGUACCGUUGUUUCUCCAGUAAUUCCAUAGACGUCGCACUAGAAGUGAGGAACGCGUUAAAAAACCGCAAACCAAUUAUCGCUUUAGAGUCGGCUGUAGUUACGCAUGGACUUCCUUACCCUCAUAAUGUGGACACAGCUUUGGAAAUGGAGAAAAUCAUUAAAUCUAAUGACGUUGUUCCAGCAACGAUCGGCGUGAUCGAUGGACGAGUCAAAGUCGGUAUGACACCAGAGCAAUUAAAUAUACUCGGUAUGGACCCUAAGAAGAAGACUGUUAAAGUUUCAAGAAGGGAUUUUCCAUAUGUACUCAGCCAAGGUUUAAAUGGAGGCACAACAGUAUCUGGAACAUUAGUCGUUGCUAAGUCUUUAGGCAUCAAGUUUUUUGUUACGGGCGGAAUUGGAGGUGUUCAUAGAGACGGCCAGAACUCUUUGGAUAUUAGUGCUGAUUUAUUAGAGCUUUCUAGAUGUGCCAUAAUGGUCAUAUCAGCCGGUGUUAAAUCAAUACUAGAUAUCGGUCGAACUUUAGAGUACCUCGAAACUGUUGGAGUUUGUGUUGCGUCGUAUAACUCCAAAGGAGAGUUUCCAGCAUUUUAUACAAAAGAAAGUGGCUACAAAACCGUAUGUGACGUGACAUCGCCUUCUGAAGCGGCCGGUCUCUUAGAACAGUGCCAGAACACCGACUCUGGCGUUUUACUAGCGGUUCCAAUACCUGAAGAGAAAAUACAGACAGACAUUGAUUUAGCGGUUGAAAACGCUUUGCAAUUAUGUAACAAACAAGGGAUUACCGGAAAGAAUGUUACACCUUUUAUUUUAAGCGAAGUCAGUCGGGUGACGAAAGGAGUGUCGAUGGAAUCGAAUAUUUUAUUGUUGAAAAAUAAUGCUAUGGUUGGAAGUAAAAUUGCAAUGGAAUAUUAUUCAAAAAUGUCUACAAACUACAACGGUCCGUGGAUUCUGAGCCAGCCAACAACGCAUAAAAAAAAGAAGAACUCACCCGUUGUCAUCGGUGGUAGCAAUGUCGACUAUGUACUCCAAGUCAAAGAGGAUUUAAAGUUAGACGGCAGAAUGCUGGCUGGCGACUUACAACGAGCAUGCGGAGGAGUGGGUAGAAACUUAGCAGACGCCUUGGGCUUAUUUGGACACGACAUCUGUUUUUUGUCUGUCGUCGGUACCGACUUCAACGGCGAAUUGAUACUUUCUUCAUUGGGUCACGUGAAAACCGACAAGAUGUUAUUGACAGACAAACCGACAUCGUGGUGCAUGGUGCUCCACAGCGAAGAGGGCGAUUGCGUGUCUUGCAUAGGAGACAUGAGUUGUCAUCAACAGAUAACCGUCGACAUGAUAAAGAAAAACGUCGACUCGCUGUACCAAAGUCCUCUGGUUGUCUUAGACGGUAACGUCGGCGAGGACACGAUGAGGUUCGUAAUUGAAUUUUGCAACGAGGAAAACAUACCGGUGUACUUUGAACCCACUGACAUAGCGGUAGCCGCCAAGCCGUUCAAUUCAGACGCGUGGAAAGGCCUGUCUUUUAUUUCGCCCAAUAUCAAAGAGCUGCAAUGCAUUUCGGAUGUCUUAAAAGGCCAAGAGCGUGUCAGUUACCCUGUCAGAGUUAGCGUGAACGGCGGCGGCGGCGACGGCGAAUUCGAUGUGGGCCGAGACAUAAUGAAUAGUUCAAAAGAUGUCGUUUGCAAGCUAAUAUCUCACAUUCCUGUUAUCAUGGUGACACUCGGCGACAAGGGGCUGCUGAUGGCGACCAAGCAGUCCGACGACACUGUUUCCAUGGUGCACUUUCCACCGGCGAAACCAAUGUCGCCCGUCAGCGUCUCCGGAGCAGGCGACUGUCUAUGUGCUGGUUACAUUUCUGGAAUUUUACAAGGAAAACCACAAGAAGAAUGUGUCGCGAUUGGAUUGAGAGCGGCCACCAGAGCAUUAAUGUCCCACUUGCCAGUUCCCCCGAGCUUAAUACAUAAUAAAAACAUUUAAAAAAAAACAAAAAAUAUUAUUGACACAACUUUUGUAACUGUUAUCAAAAUGAAAUUAUUGUACUAAGAUGUAAACAAAAAUUUGGGAUAAAAAUAAUAAAAAAGUAACCCUUAUGCCAAUACUUGCAUAUGCACUAAUAAUGGGAAUCUGAAAAUCC